AAGGAGUUGAGUGAUGUCACUUUGCAGAAGUGAAAGUUAAAUAUAGACCAACCAUUAUCCUGUUCCUCAGAAAGAUAACAUUGCAGCUUAAGAAUCUACGUUUGUCGAGAAAUUAAAGGAAAACACAAGAUUUUUAGAAAUGGCGUCCUCUAGCCGUCUCCUGUCUGAAGAGCAGUUCCAGUGCUCUAUCUGUCUGGAUGUGUUCACUGAGCCUGUCUCCACUCCAUGUGGACACAACUUCUGCAAGGUCUGUAUCAGUGGAUACUGGGAUACAACUGACCUGUGCCAGUGUCCAAUGUGUAAGAGGACAUUCUACACAAGACCAGAGCUAAAAACCAACACAGCAUUCAGAGAUGUUGUAGAUCAUUUUAAGAUGAUCAGAAUCAGAGACACAGACGAAAUCAGAGACACAGACGAGUCCCCUGCCGAGGCUGGAGAAGUGUCCUGUGACGUCUGCACUGGGACAAGGCUCAAGGCCCUGAAGUCCUGCCUGGAGUGUCUGACCUCUUUCUGUGAGACUCACCUGCAGCCUCAUCAGAGAGUCACCGGCCUGAAAAGGCACAAGCUAAUAGACCCCGUUGAGAACCUGGAAGACAGGAUGUGUAAGAAGCAUGACAGACUGCUGGAGCUGUUCUGUAGGACCGACCAGACGUGUGUGUGUCAGUUCUGCAUUGAGACAGACCACAAGACUCACCACGCCGUCCCACUAGAGGAAGAGUGUGGAGAGAGGAAGGUUCAGCUGGGGAAGAUGGAGCGACAGAUACGGCAGAUGAUCCAGGAGCGACUAGAGAAGGUUCAGGAGGUCAAACACUCAGUAGAGCUCAACAAGAGAGACGCAGAGAGAGAAAUAGCGGACAGCCUGCAGGUCUUCAGUGAUCUGAUGGAUUCCAUUCAGAAAAGCCAGGCUGAGUUCAUUGAGGUGGUUGAGGAGAAGCAGAAAGCAGCAGAGAAUCGUGCUGAUGGGCUCAUUAAACAGCUGAAGCAGGAAAUGACUGAGCUACAGAAGAGAAGCACUGAGCUGGAGCAGCACUCACACACUGAGGACCACCUCCUCCUCCUCCAGACCUUCCCAUCCCUGUGUACCCCGAAACACACAAAGGACUGGUCUGAGGUCAGUGUUCACAGUGAUAUGUGUUUGGGGGGACUGAGGAGAGCUGUGUCUGAGCUGGAGCAGACACUUCAGGAAGAACUAGAGAGAGCGGUGAAGAGGUUGUGUGAUGUUGAGCUGAAGACAAUUCAGCAGUGGUCAGCGCAUGUGACCCUGGACCCUGAUACAGCACAUCCAUUCCUCAUCUUGUCUAGGGACCGGAAACAAGUGAGAUAUGGAGGCACAAGGCAGAAACUCCCUGACAACGCAAAGAAAUUCUAUAACCCAGAGAGGUUUUUGAAUCACCUCUCUGUCCUGGGAAAAGAUAGUUUCUCCUCGGGGAGAUUCUACUAUGAGGUGCAGGUGAAGGGAAAAGCUGAGUGGCUGUUAGGAGUGGCCAGGGAGUCCAUCAACAGGAAGCAUGACAUAAAUAUGAGCCCUUUCGAUGGCCUCUGGACUGUGUAUAUGAGGGGUGAGGAUAUCUAUGAGGCCUACACCUCUCCCCCUGUCCCUCUCUCCCUGAGAGAGAAGCCCCAGAAAGUAGGGGUGUUUGUGGACUAUGAGGGGGGUUUGGUCUCCUUCUACAAUGUGAAGGCCAGGGCUCAUAUCUACUCUUUCAUUGGCUGCACCUUCACUGAGAAACUCCAUCCAUACUUCAACACCUGUGAUAAUGAACUUGGUCCAAACUUAGCCCCAUUCGUCAUCUGUCCUGUCAAUCACACAGACUGAAUGCAAUGUUGUACUUUAGCACAUGAUAUUAUCUGAAAUUAGUAUGGACAUGUAAUCCUAUGCCGCAAUGACGAGAAUAAAUAAUAUCUGAAGUAA